GAGCCCCCCGGCGCCGGGGCGGGGGUCGGGGCGGGGGUCGGGGCGGGGGUCGGGGCCGGGGCGGGCGGGCGGCGGGCGCUGAGCGAUGUCGCGGGCGGCGGGCGGCGAGUGCCGCAAGGAAGCGGCGGGCUGGGAGGGCGAGGACGGGCAGUGCGACUCGGGCAUCGAGUCGCUGCGCUCGCUGCCGGGCGGGAGGGAGACCCCCGCCGCCGAGGUCCCACCCCCCCCCGCCGCCGAGACCCUCGCCGAGACCCUCGCCGAGGAGAGGCUCGACUCCAGCUACGGCUCCGGAGCCCUUCCCGAGGCUCUGGCCGGGCUGCCGGCCGCCUGCCGCGCCGAGGAGCCGCCGCCGCCUCCCGAGGGGCUGAGCCGGCAGCAGCUGGAGGCUCUCACCUACCUUUCGGAGGACGGAGACACGUUGGUUCAUCUGGCCAUUAUCCACUGCGUCCCAGCUGUGGCACUCUGCUGCAUUGCUCAGCUGCCCAAGGAGGUGCUGGAGAUCCAAAAUGAUCUUUUCCAGACCCCGCUCCACCUCGCCGUGUACCUGGAGCAGCCCAGCGUGAUCCAGGCGCUGAUCCACAAGGGAGUGAACCCCGGGCUGCAGGACCGCAACGGCAACACCCCGCUGCACCUAGCCUGCGAGCAGCAGCGUCUGCAGUGCGCCCAGCAGCUGCUGCAGGGCACAGCCGCCACGGAGGGCACGGCCCAGCCCCACGGGCACCACCAGGACCUGCAGCUCCAGAACUGGCAAGGCUUGGCCUGUCUGCACAUCAGCACCUUGAAGGGGAACAUCACGAUGAUGUCUCUGCUGCUGGAGAGCGGCGCCAACAUCGAUGUUCAGGAGGGCACGAGCGGGAAGACCCCACUGCACCUGGCCGUGGAGUGCCACAACCGCAGGGCUGUCCAGUUCCUGCUGCACAACGGAGCGUACGUGGACGCUCAGAUGUACAACGGGUGCACCCCGCUCCACCUUGCCGUGGGCCGCAAGGAUGCUGCCAUCGCCGCCAUCCUCUCACAUUCCGGGGCUGACACCCUGCUGAGGAACAUGGAGAAUGAGACAGCCCAGGACCUGGCUGACGGCAACGACGACCUCCUCGCCUUGCUGCCCUUUGAUGACCUGAAGAUCUCAGGGAAGCCUGUUGUGUGCUCUGAAUGAGCGUCCGGACUCCUUCGGCCCAUCGGGCCACCUCCUGGCUCUGCGCUGCUGCCCGCUGGGACCUUGCUGGCCUGCAGUUCAGUGGGAGCAGAGCCACUGUGGGAGACUUAUCCCCCCCCUCCCCUCUUUGGAAACGUUUUGCUGGCCUCGGGCCGCCUUCUCGGAGGGGAGAAGGUGGCACUAUGAGCACUACAUAGGGGAGGCUUUUCUUUCAGUAUUUGUGACCAGCAGUGGGACUGAAUUUCCCCUCCCUGCCAUGGGUCUGACUUGUGGGGGUCUCCAGCUUACCCAGGGAAGGAGCAGGAGAGAACUCCUUUUCACACUGCACGGUGGACGGAGCAUCCUCUGGCACCCCCAGACACCAUCAGAAUGAGUGUGGGGUGAGAAGAGUUAACGCUUACUCUAAUAAACGUUUGUUCUCGCUUUGGGUA